AUGUGGAACGUCGAAAAGCUCGCCGGCUCCCGGCGCCCACUCGUACCCGGCGGCGUCGAGAACGGCACCGCCGGCAACUUCAGCAAUCCCAACGGCGCCGAGAACGGAAGAGGCGAGGGCAUCACCGAAGACGGAAGCAGCAGCCAACAACCGAACAAUCCGGCAGGCACGAAACAUGAGCCGGAGGUCCCACCUAAAGACAACGGCGCCGGCGGUGGUUUCGGGAUCGGGUUCUGCGGCGGCCAGGCUCCUGGCGCCGGUAACGACAACAGGAACGAGUACGACAACAACCAACAGAUGAACGAGGGCCAGGAGCUUCUACCUCGACAAACGCUCACGGUAGAGAACUUUCAAGCUCGGGAUCCGCCGCCGGCCACUACGCCUGCACCGAAACUCAGGUCGCGCGAGGAUCUGUCGCUUCAGCACCACGAACCGCUCGGUUCGAAUACCUGCGGAUUCUUCACUCUGGGACACGACCACGCUCUGAGGACACAAAUGUGUGAAGAUAUAGCAUCCGAAUGCACGGCCUGGCAGUCAUGGCUGGGCUGCGGGUACCGGCCUCAUACGACCUGCUUACAAGGCACUGCACCGGAGUGCAGGUCUGGUAUGACGAUAGGCAGCGAGACUCUUUGCUGUACGUCAGCUACGGGCUGGCUUCCGGAAUGCCAGACCUUCCUAAGAGACGAAGGUGGCCUUGGCACGAAGACGCUUCUCGGAUGCCGCAACGCCGCCGUUUCUUGGGACGCGACUGUCUGGUUACACACUUCGGCCGAGGAGGCCCUGGGUAACACCAGAGCUGCCCCGACAACGACUUCGUCCCCUUCAACCACUUCCACGGCUCCAACAACAUCCGUGGCGAAGCUAUCCAACGACGGCUCCUCGGCGCCGGUUGGCCCCAUAGUCGGAGGCGUGCUCGGCGGUCUGGCUAUACUGGCCAUUGCGGGCUGUAUCGUGGUCUGGCUCAUCGUGCAGAGGAGAAGGGGUGCGUCGAGGCCGUUCCGGUGGUCGACGGCGAUCCAGGAGCUUCACCACGGGGGCCCGCAGACCGUCUACCACGAGCCGCAGACGGAGGGUUUCGAGAAGCAGUCGCGAAGCCAGCCCAUGUCGCCAGUUUCUCCGGUGAGGGUUGUGUACAAGGCGCCGGUGGGGGAGAAGAAGCCGGUUCAACGGGUGUCGGCGGUUGGGCAUAUGGGCAGUCCGAGUAAACCGGCCGAGUUGGGUUGA